AUGAUUUAUUUCAUUCGAAUCCUCCCCAAACUAAAGUUCUUAAGCUAUUUUUUACAUGGAAGAUAAUAUGUAUUAUCCUAUAUGUCCUUAUCGACGGCGUCAUCAGUGUGUCUGUGGACGCGGUGAAGUAUCGAUCUCAGUGCAUUUGGGCUUUUGCUGCGGUUUUCCUGCUCCUAUUGGCUUCUCCGAAGAUCGAUAAUUUCAUCAUAUCCAUCUUAUGAGUCAUUUUUGGUAAUCGUCUCUAACCUAUCAUUGUAGGAAUGGCUGACAGCGAACAAAAAGCUCGACGAAAGCUUGAAGAAGCUGAAAAGAAAUGUCGAGGAGGCGGCGGUUUCCUGGGUAAACUAUUCGGUGGAAGUGGCGCAGAUGAUGCUGCUGAUCUUUUUAUACAGGCUGGAAACCUCUUCAAAAUGGCCAAAAUGUGGAAGGAAGCUGGCGAUGCUUUUGUGAGAGCUGCCGAACUUCACGGAUCGAAGGGUGAUUCAAAACAUGAUUGUGCGAGUCAGUACGCCGAAGCAGCAAAUUGCUACAGAAAAAUCAAUCCUCAACUUGCCGUUGACUGUCUUACGAAAACUUCGGAAAUUUACACUGACAUGGGUCGCUUUAACAUGGCUGCCAAGAAUCAUGUUACCAUCGCUGAAUUAUAUGAGAAUGAGUGUCCAGAUUUGGAGCAAUGCAUUCAACAUUACCAGAAAGCUGCCGACUAUUAUAAGGGCGAAGAAGCUAAGAGUAGUGCAACGAAAUGUUGGAUCAAAGUGGCACAGUAUGCCGCACAACUGGAGCAGUAUCAGAAAGCCAUAUCAGUAUUCGAAGAAAUUGCUAUGUGGGAGGCUGACCAUCCCACUCUGAAAUAUGCAGCCAAAAACCACUUCUUCCAAGCUCUUUUGUGUUAUCUAUGCGUGGAUAUUCUCGAUGCCCAGCACGCUGUGAAACGGUACGAAGAGGCUUCACCGUCGUUUUCUGAUACUCGUGAAGCAAAGUUCAUUAAAGAGCUGAUAGCUUGCCUUGAAGAUGGAAACGAAGAGUUAUUCACGGAUACUGUGAAAUCUUUUGACAAAAUCAGCCGGCUUGAUCAGUGGCAUACUGGACUACUGGUGAAAAUCAAACGAUCCAUCACUAAAGAAGACGAGGAAGAUCUCAAAUGAUUCAACACCUCUGCCCUAUAUUAUGCGUUCCUGGCCUGUUAUUAGCUAACUGAGUUGAGAUGCGGUUCACUUAAUCUACAGUGUUUGCGGCAUUGCAAGACUGACCUGUUUAGUUACACAUAGUACAUGCUUUUAUGGAAUAGUGAAAGAGGGUUGUGCUACUCACUGUCUUGUAAAUAUUGCACUAAAUUAUAUUCAUUGAUUCCGAAGAUAGUCUGAUUUGUACUGUAAAGCUUAUGAUGAAUGUUUUUGAAUUUAUAAUGUCAAUGAAUUAUAUCUUCAUACAUAUGUAUGAAAAAUGUUUUCUAGGGUUUUCCCAGUUGGAUGCUUCUUAAUUUACUUUUUUUUUAAUACGUAAGCCUUCUAUAUUUGUAAGCUUCCAUUCCCAUUUCGC